CCUACCGUUGAUGUUUUCUAAAUCGAUGCUCAUCCCUAGGACUGCGACUGUUAUAUCUGGCCAAACUGUCAAAAGUAUGUACUCUGACUUGGUUUUCGUCGGGGUUUAUUUUCGUCCUGAGGUGUUGUGUCAUUGGGCUGGUUUGGGUUGCGGUAUGCCGUUGGAAGAAACUCAUGUGAAUUUUGUCGGCUGACGAUCUGGCAUUGUCACGACAUCGAAAUGGAAAAUGACGAGGACUACGAGCCAAUUUUGGAGGGAAGUGCGCUUUAUAUGCACCUAAAAGAAGUUAAUUUUGAUGGAAUGGUUGAGACAUUUUCUGCAAAGAAGGAGGUUCUCAAGUCAAACUUCAAUAAAAUUGAUGACUAUGAAGGAAUGGAGCUCUCUAUCCCACAGGAGAAUUACGAAUUAACCAAUUUGCUUCUACAUAGUAACUUGAUGCUUGAAGAAGAUGCAGCUUAUUUAUAUUCACUUGUCUCUACCCUCCAAAUAAAACAGUGUCUACCUAGAUGGAAACCAAUGAUUAUACCAGGUGGUAUACUGACGGUGGCUUGCUUGGCUUACUUAAAAAUGAGGCAAAGAGUUCUUAUGCUUCCAGUGAUAUUAGGUUCCAUUACAGGAUCAUUAAUUUAUCUCAAACAUAUAUACACCCGCAAACAAAAACUAAAAAGGCUAACCAAACUUCUAUCAACAUUAAAUUCUGUUCUUUAUUAUAUUAAAAAGAAUAUUAAACAGACACGAGAAUUGGGUGCGAAUAUAGUCACAAUGGAGUUCACAAGUGCAAAGGAUGAUCCAGUUGCUGAAAUGUAUUAUGAACGUACCAGAGAGCAAAUAAUUUCAGUUAUGAAGGAUUUAACAUGUAAUAUCAUCAAUAUUAUAUUGGCAACGAGAAAAACAACCCUGUCUUUUGGGUCAAUCCUUUCAAAGUUUUCAGUUCUAAAUAUCCAACUGUUAUCUUCCUUGACCGAUGAGCAACUCGGUCUAAAGAAAUUCGAGCAUCCUACUGAUUACAAGGAUUCAUUAAAUAUUGAAUCUUUAGAUGUGCUGAAAAAUAUUUAUAUUUUAAUUCAAUCUGAAUAUCUAAAAAUGAUUGGGCUGUGUUUUACUUCUUUAGCAGAAUCUUCAAUCGACACAAUUUUUACAACUCUUGAUAAAGAUUUUCAAAAUUAUUUUGUGAUAUUAGAAAAAAUGAAACUUCAAUAUAAUUGUAGUUUUCUGCCUAAACGAUUGACUAAAGAAUUGAACAUUAAAUCCAAAAAAUUAGCUGAUGGAUGCCAAAAGUUGAAAAUUUUCAAUUCCUUAUUAAGUGCCUUAAUAUUAGAAUCAGAUAAUCUUGAAUCGUAUUUAGAAAAAUAUCCUGAAACAAGUAAUAGUGAUGUUCAAGCAAGUGUAUGCCAGAUAGACAAAAAAUUAAACGACUGCACAGAAUAUUUUAAAGAAGUGAGCAACCAUUUUCAAAGAUCGAAAUGUGUUAAUAAAUUGCAAGAACCUUCUGAACCGAGCAUUUUGCAAAAAAAUGAAGCAAACGAUACAAAAAUUAUACAAUUAGGCUAUUCUGAUUUUUCGGUACGCGAUGUCGAUAAAGUUUAUUUAUGUGUUAGUGAAGAGCGUGAGGAAAACGACGUAGAUUGUUCAAAUGAUAAUCCCGAUGAUGAUAAUUCACCCCAGCUCCCAGUUUUUGUUUUAUCUGAGCUAAAACAGGCGUUAACAGUGAAGAAAGUCGAAUUUCAACAACGAGAACUCGAAGCAGCACAGCGAAAUAAUAUGAAUGAUGAAUACGCUCAAUUUUUAUGUGAUGAAAAUCCUAUUUUAAAUAAAUCAUCUCAAAGUGCCAAUAAUAGGAAACAAAAAACCAAUGAAAACCUGUCGACUGAAUCAAAUCUCAAUUCAAAUGUUCCAGCAUAUUCAAAUGGAGCAAUGUCCUUUCAAAAAAUGGUCGCCUUGAAAGCUGUAAAUACUUCAUUAGCGUGGAAUAACUGUCAAGAUGAAGUAAUUUACGAUGAAAAUAAGAGUGAAGAAUAUGAAGACUGCGAAUAAUGAUGAUUAAUCAAUUACAAUUUUAUACUUUUAUGUCUUAUUAAAUUUAUAUACUGUAAAGAAUAAUAAAAUAUAAGUGAAUCAGAUUAAUUAAAUGUCAAAAGUUACACUAUUGUAAGAUUGCAAGAAAAAUGGUUUUAUAAAAAUUAUUUAUCUAGUCAUAAUGUUUACCAUUAUUGUUUAACAAGUCAACAAUAAAUAUUUUGAUACAUUUUUGUUUGAUAAGCUAAAUAUAUUGGGGUGAGUCAAUAAAAAUGACCUUUUUCAAUUU